AUGAGCCGACUCAUCGCUACCCUGUUGCUCGUUGCCAUGGCAACUGUUCUCACUGAAGCCGGAUACUAUAGAGGAAUCGGCGGAAUCGGCGGAAUCGGCGGGAUCGGUGGAAUCGGUGGGAUCGGUGGGAUCGGCAGAAUCGGUGGUUUUGGCGGAUACGGCAUGGGAUUCGGAGGUUAUGGAAUGGGAAUGGGCGGUUUUGGAAUCGGCGCUAUCGGAAUCGGCGGUAUCGGAGGCGGCUUUGGCGGUUAUGGAGGCUAUGGCGGUUAUGGAGGUUAUGGCGGUUAUGGCAUGGGCUAUGGAUACCCAAUGUAA